CAAACACCCAUCCCAUCGGCAUCAAGCUUCGUCCUCUCCCCGCAACUACCACGGAAAUAAUAUACUUAUAUUCCGUUCGGAACUCCCAAUACGAUUGUCAAUGCGUCAGGCUUGACGCAGUGGAAUCUUGUCAACAGCUCUUCCCUCCUGCGUUACCCGCUUAUCGUCUCCCUUCUCCGACAAAAGUCAUGGCUACUCCCAAAGGAUUACCUCGGGAGACCUUCGCCAAGCUCACCCCCCAUCCCUACCUCCUCGCAAAUCUUAAACCCGAAUCGCCAUCAGUCAAACCCAGCCGGAGUAACGGUCGUGCCCCUGGGGAGGCUCGACCUGCCAGUUCCAACACCUCGUCCCUCACGCACGCUCAUGGCAGCGCUCUAGUCCGAGUCGGCGACAAUACCGUCAUCUGCGGUGUCCGCGGCGAAAUCCUGCCCGUCGGCAACAUACCCAACUACCGCCCUUCGGAAGGCGACUCUGCCGAGGAGCUCUUGGAUUACGACCUCCUCGUGCCGAACAUUGAGCUAUCCACCGGUUCCGCCCCCGAAUUCCUGCCCGGCGGUCCGCCCACCACUCUCGCACAAACCCUCAGCGCGCGGGUGUUCUCGCUACUCCACUCAUCCAAACUCAUCACCGCAGACGACUUGAGGAUAUGGCACACUCGGCCUACAGAAGACGCGGAUGCGAUCGUUGCUACGGGUACGGGGGACGACGACGGCGAGGAUACGAACAUGAUGGCCACGGACGAGGAGGAAGAAAAAGGGCAGGGCGAAAAGGUCGUCAUCGCAUACUGGGUUCUCUACAUCGACAUCUUCUUCCUUUCCUUCGACGGCAACCCCUUCGAUGUCGCCUGGAUCUCCAUGCUCGCCGCUCUCGGGAACACCAAACUACCCGCUGCCCGGUGGGAUGCCGACCGGGAAAUGGUCAUCUGCACACGCGCCGAGCAGAAGCCGCUGAGCCUGUCGGGCUUCCCCAUUCCCUGCACGGCCGUGGUGUUCACUGGCAAGGACACGGAGAAAACCCCGGCGGAUGACGAGUUCUGGGUCCUCGUCGACCCCGAUCGGCUGGAGGAGACGCUAUGCGAUGAGACCAUCACGGUUGUCGUGGACAAGACUUCGGGCACGACCAAGCUGUUGUCGAUAUCCAAGCAUGGCGGCACGGCGUUGCAGCCUGAUCUUAUCAAGAACUUUGUCAAGGUGGCCGAGCAGAGGUGGGAAGAGCUUCGUCGUGUCCUUGCCUGAAAGGAGAAAUAUGUGAUACCCAUAAAGACAAACCAUGAAACAAGUUAAAAAAAAAAAAAAAAAAAAA